AAAAAUAUUUACAAGUAUUUGGGUUUUAUUGAGGUGGCAUUUUUGCGAGAUGCUGGGAAGACUUCACCUGGCUGCAGUGACUGGCUGGCUGGAUGGUCAGCAUGAGACAAGCUAUGGAGGUCGGGGCAACAUAUAACAAUGCUGCCACAGAGCUGCUGUCUGGUGUGUUGGAGGAGGUCGGUCGAGCUGCCAGCAGGAACGCCGGAGGAGCCGAGCUUCUGCACGAGCUCCUGAACGCACCAUGGCUGCACGCCCUGCUGCAGGUUUAUGAGUGUCUGCUGCAGUUUCAGAGACGGACGCCGAGCCCCUUCCUGCCGUACGCCUCGGGCCUGUCGCACGAGAUCAUGGCCAUAAUGAGGACAGUCCCACAUCCGUCGGCGGAAGCCAGAGAACUGUACAACAUCCUUAGGUCGCCUCACAUCCAGGCCGUCCUGUCGUCCCACGACAGCAUUGCGCAGGCGGACUAUGGGCCCAUCCUGCCCCCCAUCCCGGAUGAGCUGCCGGAGGACGAGGAGGCCAUGAGGAUCGUCUGCCUGGUGAAGAACAAGCAGCCGCUGGGAGCGACUAUCAGGAAGAACGAGGAGACGGGAGACAUCUACAUUGCCAGGGUGAUUCAUGGAGGACUGGCUGACCGCAGCGGUCUCCUCCAUCCAGGUGAUCUGUUAGUGGAGGUGAAUGGAAACCCAGUAGGAGGUCUGGAGCCAGAGCAGGUCAUCCAGAUACUAAUCCAGUCCCAGGGCACCAUCCUGUUCAAAGUCAUUCCCAACGCGGCUUCGACCAAUGACAGUCCAGUGCCGGUGUAUAUAAGGGCGAUGGUGGAUUACUGCCCCCUGCAGGACACCAUCAUCCCCUGUCCUGACGCAGGUGUGGCCUUCGGCAGAGGAGACCUGCUGGAAGUGGUCGACCAGACUGACGGACACUGGUGGCAGGCCAGGAAGCUGCCCUGCACCACUUCCUGCGCGGGGCUGAUUCCCUCGGUCAGCAUGCUGAAGAGUAAACAGAGGGAGCAGUGGUGGAGUCAGCCCUUACAGGUUCAUACCUGCAUCAGACCCUUGACUGCGGCCGACAACACUGGGUGUGACAAGGACGAUCCAACACCUGCUGAUGACAAAUGCAUCAAAACAGAUGAGGAAGAUAUUAAAUUUGAUGAAGCUGAUGAUGAUGUCAUCGAUGGAGUCUACCUGGCUGGUUUCCGUCGGAGUUUCCGUCUGUGGAGGAGGACGUCCUACAGGAGGAGACGGCAGUCUUGCUACUCCUGCUCGCCCAACAGCAGCGCCCUGGCCAACCCGUAUGAGGAAGUGGUGACGUACCAGCGCCCCCCACAGGAGAACCACCGCCUCAUCGUCCUCGUUGGAGCGUCCGGGGUCGGAGUUAACGAACUGAGGAAGAGGCUCAUCAAACUGAACCCCUCCACCUUCCAGGGAGCUGUACCUCACACCACUCGUCCAAUCAGAGAAGGGGAGGAGACGGGGAGAGAAUACCACUUUGUCACCAAGGAGCUGUUUGAGUACCUGGUCUGUAACCACAGGUUUCUGGAGUAUGGGGAGUAUAAGGGCCACCUGUAUGGGACCAGCAGUGACUCUGUUGCUGAGGUGCUGAAAAGGGGACAGAUGUGCAUCAUUGAUGUUGAACCACAUAGCAUCCCAGCACUUCGAACAAAGACGCUGAAGCCGUACAUCGUCUUCAUCAAACCUCCCAGCCUGGAGAGUCUGAAGGAAACACGGAAAGACGCGCGAGUCCUGACCAAGUUCACCGUCGACAGACCCUUCACGGAGGAGGAUUUUGCGGAGCUGCAGGAGACGUCCCAGCUGAUGGAGUCGAAAUACAGGCAGUUUUUCGACAGCGUGCUGGUGAACGACGACCUGCAGGAUGCGUGCAUACAGCUCUGCUCCAUCAUCCAGCAAGCACAGGAGGAGCCACAGUGGAUCCCAGCCAGCUGGAGAGCCGAGGAGUGAGGAGAGGGGAGGAGAAACAGAGUCAAGAGGAGGACAGAGAUGUGAUGCAAAGAGAGGCAAGGAGAGGAAAGGUUAGGAUCCAUAGGUAGGAAGAAGGGAAGGAAAGGAGACAAGACAAGAGGAGGUGCGGGAAAACAUGGGAAAGCACAAAGAGUAUAAUGAAGGAAGAGACAUAAGAGAGUCAGCUUCCAACUCUUCUCAUUAAAACUCUUUGCGCUGAAACAGGAGUUAAACGGAGGGUCCUCCUCUGCCAUGUUUCUGCCUGUGUGUCAGGCCUUUUCCACCGUGGCCAGUGCCGGAGACAAAUCUGGUCAUACAGAACCCAGUUUUCCGGCUCCAGAUAAUCGCUGGUGUAGAUCCAAUGAGCCGUGACAUCAGGGUCCAGGUAGGCUCGUCUCCUGGUGGCUGAUUUUCUGAAGCAACAUUUUUUAAAUUACCUGUUCAGCAGCGAUUAUAAUACACACCAUUUCCCAAAGCAAAAUGAGGAAUUUAAAUCAGGAGCACAGACAAUACUGUGGUACGUCGAGAACUCAAAGGCACCACUGGCAAUAUGGUGAAAGUAGAGAAAUUCAGGAUAAAUUCCAAACUUGACAAAGAGAGAUGAAAAUAUCUGAGGAAAUCAGAGGAGAGAUGGAAAAAGCCAGGAUAAUGCCAACGAGACGCCAAAUCAUCGACAAACUUAAAGUCAAAGAACCCUGAUGCAGGAAAAAGAAGCUGAACUGAAACCUGACUGAUCUGACGUAGCUCAUUCAGCACCAAGCGGCUGAAUGAGCUACGAACACGGGCCGGUUAUUAAAAGCAUCCAACCGAGAACCAACCGAGCACUGGCCUGGCCCUGAUCUGGCACUGGCCCCUGUGGAAACAUCCCAUAAGUAUCUUUAUGCAAAAUGGACUCCCGACACUGUUCCAUGUUUACAUGCACUGUAAUGAGUUUAUAUCAUGUCAUAUGUACUGAGGGCACUGUGAUACCGCUACCUGAUUGCUUGAAUGGGAAAAUGGGCUUUAGACAAAGUUACAGCUUGUUUCAUACAGGAAACACAUCUUAGGUCAAGCCGUCUUUCCACUGUGGUGCCGCUGCGAGCGAUGCUGCCUUUUAAUGCUCCUCCGCCUCCAGCCACCAGGACAAAACACGUUCCUGUUUCGGUUAGCCCUGUCUGGACCAAAGGGAUUCUCUGGGCCAUCGGCAGCUGGAAACUGGCCCCAGCAGCCCCACCGAGGAGCCAGCAGAGACCAGAGGAGCCAGCAGAAACAGCCUCGGCAGCACCAGCGCGCCGUAUUCAGCGCCACGGUGGAAAGCCGGCUAAUAAGCGCAGGUGUGUGCAUCACAUCUGCGUCAGUGCUAGACAAAUGCAUUAGCCUGGCACAGCCGCCUGGUCCCCUGACAUCAAAUUAGUUUGACUCACCAGCCAUGCUGCCAGACUGUGCACUUUUGGGUUGCAUUGUGCAAGGAAAAAAUGGGCUUGGACAGGAUUUGGGCUGGUUUGCCAUGAGUUGGGUGGGUUUUUAAAUAAAUUCAAAAUUACAAUAAUUUUUAAAAAACAGAAUACUUGAAGCUGGCAUAAUGUCAAGGCUUGUGCUGCAGUUUACCAAAUUAGAUAAAACCUUUCUUUAUGGUAUCUGAGCUGUCCCUUCAUUUUUCAGGGCAGAGGGCAGAAAUGGAAAAUAGUUAUAUCUUUGCAUUGCAGUCUCCAGUGUAGGAAGCCCCAGUCACUGAGCUGGGAAACAGAAACAACACAGUCACCAGCAUAGAUUUUCCUUACAGAAAUAGUAAAUCAUGCACCAACAUGCUAACAAGCUAGCCUAACAGUCGCUGCUGUUUGUUUAGCCUCGGUCUGUUCUGUGUGACGUUCGUUUGAUUGGACAGUUGGCUAACAAUGGGACAGAUGAAUGAUCCAAUCGCCUGCUAUGUGUUUUUGCUGCCACUCCUUUUCCAAAUGGUUUGCACCCAGCAGUGAUGCAGACCGAGCUUCAUGUAGUGACGGGCAGGGAGAUCAGAGUCCGGCUGUGCCAGGCUACAGAUCUGUGGGCUGCACAAUUAGUCACACACAACAAUCCUCAGGCUCUAUAAAU